CGGGAGUCAGACGUGGAAGUUGUUGGCUGAGCUGGCUUCCAAGGAAACCGCCUCGGAGCCUGAAUCGGAGGCCGAGGGGAGCAGCUGUGGCGGCGCUGAGGCUCGAAUAGGAGUCGCUACCGAGGCUGCGGCCUGUUUUUGAGGAUCGGCGAGGGCGGGCGGGCGGUUCAUCAUGGGUGGUUUUUUCUCAAGUAUUUUUUCCAGUCUGUUUGGAACCCGAGAAAUGAGAAUUUUAAUUUUGGGAUUGGAUGGAGCAGGAAAAACCACAAUUUUGUACAGAUUACAGGUUGGAGAAGUCGUUACUACUAUUCCUACCAUUGGAUUUAACGUUGAGACAGUAACAUACAAAAACCUCAAAUUUCAAGUCUGGGAUUUAGGAGGGCAGACAAGUAUCAGGCCAUACUGGAGAUGUUAUUAUUCAAACACAGAUGCAGUCAUUUAUGUAGUAGACAGUUGUGACAGAGACCGAAUUGGCAUUUCCAAAUCAGAGUUGGUGGCCAUGUUGGAGGAAGAAGAGCUGAGAAAAGCCAUUUUAGUGGUGUUUGCAAAUAAGCAGGACAUGGAACAGGCCAUGACUCCCUCAGAGAUGGCAAAUUCACUUGGAUUACCUGCCUUGAAGGACCGGAAAUGGCAGAUAUUCAAAACUUCAGCAACCAAAGGCACUGGCCUUGAUGAGGCAAUGGAAUGGUUAGUUGAAACAUUAAAGAGCAGACAGUAAUUGGACUACUUCUGCUCCUCCGAAACGAAGUUACAUCACAAAUCCCUUUGGAAACAGUCAAGUGUGCGUCACACUACUAAAUGUUAAAACCACAUGAUUGUUGGCAUAUACUGGACUGACUGCAACGUUUGUAAUAAAUAUGCAAAAUGAGUAUUGGUUGAAGGGAUAACUCAUCUUGAUUGAACCAACUGAAUGUCUCCUCUGUAUAAUGUAAAAUAUUUCUUCCUUUCUUGUGUUAAGACACAUAUUCUAUUGUAUGGAAUUCUGAUUUAAAUAUAGUCCUAUUGAAGAAUGCAUUCUUGCUGGAAAAACUAUUAUUUUUGAAUUAGUGGUUGAAGCUUGUAUGUGUAAACACUAAUAAAUAUCUUAAUUCAGAUUUUUUUUUCCCUAAAAUAAAUUUAGUCUUCCCAAAGAUUAGACUCAAUAGAGUACGCUAGGAACAUACUGUUUGUGUAAUACAGCCUUCAUUUGCUUUACUGACUAUACUAAGUUGUUCAGUUUAAAAGUUUUUGGUUAUAGGCAUGAAUUUGAAAUUAUUAUUUUAGUGGUUAACUGUGCUAACUUCUCUGUAAUGGUCAUUUUACGUUACUUUAUAAUAGUUUUCAGAACUUUUUUUAUGUAUAUUGACCUAGAUGAUCUGUACAGGAACCCUGUGAGAUAGGUAGGAGAGUUUGUAUUUCUUCAUUUUAUGGAUGUAGACCAAAGGCUUUGAUAGCUAGGCUUGCACAAGGUCACAUGCUAGUGAAGCGGACAGCUCAAAGCAGGAUUUCUGGAUCAGGAGCUUGUCCCAUGUGCUGUAUCAUAUAUUCCUGAAAA